AUGCUUCUUCGCCGCCCUGUGCACACGCUGAAAGCUUCCCGCUGUGCGCAUGCAUUACCGCCGCGAGCCUCACCCACACCACGCCCUGUCACCUCACCGCACCUUGUCCCAAUCGUCCCUGGUCAUCGCCGCCGACUCUAUAGCGCCCAGGCGGUCAAACACUCUCCCCAUCAGCAUGUCGCCGUCUUGGGAGGCGGUGUCACCGGCCUUGCCAGCGCCUACUACCUUCUCAAACGUCAACCCACUGCCAAGGUGACGCUGUAUGAGGCCAAGGACCGCAUCGGAGGAUGGCUCGAAUCGCACCGCGUUCCCGUCGAUGGUGGCUCGGUCCUGUUUGAAGCCGGGCCUCGCACUCUGCGUCCACAGAACAAUGGCAUCCUCGCCGUGAGCCUGGUGUGUCAACCCGACCACCUCUCGUGCCGCACGUGUACCUGACGCUGAUGGAACACGUAGAUGCAAGAGCUCGACCUCGCCAAGGAUGCCAUCUUCACUCAGCGAUCCUCUCCCGCCGCCCGGAACCGAUUCGUCUACUAUCCCGAUCACCUGGUCCGCAUGCCGCACCCCUCUCAGGGCAUAUUCAAUAUCGCAUGGGCUCUGGCCAGUGAGCCCGUCUUCGAGAGCGCGGUGUGGAGCGCGUUGACCGAACCCUGGAAGAAUCCAAGGGAUCCGGGUGUACAAGACGAGAGUAUUGGCGAAUUCUUUUCUCGGCGCCUCGACAAGCGCAUAGUCGACAGACUGAUCAGCGCGGUCAUUCAUGGCAUCUACGCGGGCGACGUUUGGCAACUCUCUGCAAGGAGCCUGUUCUCCCGACCUUGGCGGGACGAGACUCUGUUUGGCUCCCUAAUGCUCGGUGCGAUGAGGGGCCGGGCCGAAGGUCUAGAUGUAACGCAGCGGGAAGCCAAUUUCGUGCAAGAGAUGAAAGACUAUUCCUGGGAUCCGCUUCUCAAGGCGACAAUGAGGGAUAACUCCGUCUUCACCUUCAAGGAGGGCUUGAAGAUGAUGUCGGAGAGACUAUAUGCCAAACUGUUCGAGACUGGCAGAGUGGAGUUCAAGACGAGCUCACAGGUGACUGAAGUGAAGCAGGCACAAGGGAACACGGGCAUACAGGUGAGGACGAGGGACUCGAAAGAGCCGAGCACGCACUCGCAUGUCAUCUCCGCUCUGUCGCCGUGGCACCUCAAUGCGAUCACUCACAGCUCAUCGGGGAAUAAUCUCAUACCGUCGAUACCCUCGGUGACGGUCAUGACGGUGAACCUGUACUUCCGAACACCGAAUCUCCACGAGCCUGGAUUUGGAUACCUCAUCCCCCAGGCGACGCCCUUUGAGAGCAACCCAGAGCGCGCGCUAGGGGUUGUGUUUGACAACGGCUACUCGCCUGGCCCGAGUGACGUGAAUCCGGCCAAUUGGAAUGCCAUGAGCAUGGACCAAUUGAAGCAGGCUCGCGAGAGCGGUCAGUUGGUCAACGUGAAUGACUUUGGCUGGUACAAUAUGCCAGACAAGCCCAACACUCAGGAUCAGCUUGAGACCAGAGGAACGAAGGUCACUGUCAUGCUCGGUGGACACUGGUGGAACGACUGGCCUGCAUUCCCUGACGAGCAAGAAGGCUUGUCUAUGGCGCGCUCAGUGCUGGAGCGCCAUCUGGGAAUCAAAGAGGAGCCUGAAGCGUGGAAGGUUAAUCUGCAAAAGGACUGCAUCCCGCAGUAUACAGUCGGCCACGAACAGCGGCUCAAGCAGGCUCACAAUAACAUCUGGCGAGAGUACAAGGGUCGGUUACGAGUAGCUGGCAAUUGGAUGUCGGGCGUGGGCGUGAAUGACUGCCUGAGGAGCGCAUACGAGGUCGCGAAGAAUCUGUCCAAGGAUGGGACAGGACUGGAACAGAUCGGCGAGGCUCCUACGGUGAAGGUCAAGCUUCAGCCAGGCGGCAAGGCAGAGGGGGUAAAGAAGUAG